AUGUCCAGAAGAGUACCUAACGGCGAACGUCGUAUUUCACCUACGCCUUCUGAACAGAGCUUCCAGACCACAGUUACGAAUCCCGCUUCAUUAUUUUCCAUAUCACAAGCUGAUGGAAUAUCAGAUUCUAUUAGCUUGGCGACAACUGCUGGUCACGAUGGCCUUAUUUGGGAGCGCCAUCCACGUGUUGCAAUGCCUGUCGGCUACACGAUGGUUAGAGCUCAACCGCCUGGAUUUUUGCACUCCAGCGUUUCAGGGCAGUCGCAGCAUCAGUCCGAAAUGGAUUUAUUUGAAUUUUUAAAAGAAGCACAAUUAGAGCAUUACUACACGGCGUUGACUACCCAUUUGAAGAUCCGAUCUGUGCAACAAAUCAAGUAUGUAGAAGAUUCCGACUUGUCGGAGCUCGGAUUUAGCCGCCCUGAACAGCGACGCCUUCGCAAGUACUUCAAGCGCGAAUGUCCACAAACAACAAUGGGGAAAUUGCGCAAACGUCUUUCUCGAUCCACUGUGGGUCGCGUCUCGGCCGGAUCGAAGUCCCGUGAUCAUCAAACUGACUCCGAAUUGAGCCCCUAUCAUCACUCGGUGCAAUCAAACAACGUAGACGAGGAUGCUUCGGAGUGGAAAACACCGAACUGGAAUGAGGACCGCGCAUUUCGAGCUUCUAUACGUUCAUCUCGUGCACCGACAAGAAACGAUCGCCCUGGUAGCGAUUCCCAUGGCUGUUUGGGGUUGGGCAAAACUCCGGUCUAUCGGAUUAUCGAUUCCGACCAAGUUGAACUCGGCACGAGUUUGGGCGAAGGCGAAUUCGGUCGAGUUUAUCAGGUUGCGGUUCCACCGAUGGAUUUACAGGAGACCUGUCCCAUUGAGAUGUAUCGGGUCAUGUAG